CGCGGGAAACAUGUUCUAUGUGAUUGGUUUAGGCCUGGGUGACGCAAAAGAUGUAACUGUCAAAGGUUUAGAAAUAAUACGGAAGUGUGACCGUGUUUAUUUGGAAGCGUACACCUCGAUUCUGACAGUGGGACAAGAUGUUCUGGAAAAAUUCUACGGACGACCUAUAAUCGUAGCGGACAGAGAAUUGGUUGAAAGUGGUGCGGAAAAUAUUCUAGCAGAAUCCGAAACCCAGGAUGUGGCCUUUUUGGUAGUUGGUGAUCCUUUUGGUGCAACUACUCACACGGAUUUGGUCCUCAGAGCAAGAGAAAAGGGGAUCAAGGUACAAGUAAUCCAUAAUGCAUCGAUAUUAAAUGCUGUUGGAUCCUGUGGGCUGCAAUUAUAUUCUUACGGAGAAAUUGUCUCCAUUCCUUACUGGACCGAAAAUUGGGAGCCAGAUAGUUUUUAUGAUAAAAUAGCAGCAAAUAGAGAGAGAGGACUGCAUACUCUAUGCCUAUUAGAUAUCAAAGUUAAGGAACCAACUCUGGAAAGCAUUUUGAAAAGGAAAAAAGAAUACAUGCCACCUAAAUUCAUGAGCACUUCAGAAGCUGCUGAUCAGUUGCUGAAAAUCAUUGAUAAAAAGUUCGAAGCUGGUCAAAAAGAUUUUGCAUUCACCGCGGAUAGUUUGGCUGUAGGGUUGGCACGUGUUGGUGCGGAUGAUCAAAGAAUCAUUGCUUGUUCAUUGCGGGAAAUGACCAAAACUGAUUUGGGGCCACCGUUGCACUGCUUGGUGAUACCAAGUCGAUCACUACAUCCAUUAGAGACAGACUAUCUUCUACAGUAUGCAACUGACAAAGAAAAGUUCCAAGAAAUGACUAAGCAAAAGGGACACGGCCAGUGAUAAACAAGUGCGUGAGAUAAAUUCAUCUGAUUGUUCUGAAAAUGGAACAAUUUCACCACGGAUUGGAAAAAAGAAAAAGAAAAAGGAUCAAUAAACCUAAUUCAAGAAAA